AUGGCAAUACAUGUCCUUAUAAUUGGGGGAGGCACCGGUGGCCUUGCUCUAGCACACGCCCUGAAAAAGGCCAAUACCAACAUCACUUUCACCGUCUACGAGCGCGAUCGCACUCGCACAGAUGGACUAUACGGGUAUCGAGUGGGCAUAUCUCCCGAGGGAUCUCGAGCUUUAGCCGCUUGCAUACCGACAGGCCUGUUUGAUAUCUUCAGACAGACAACGGCUAUUACGCCGGACUAUUUUAACAUGCUUACCGAGCAGUAUGAAGAGCUACUCUGCAUCAGUGGGUUUGGUCAAUCUUCGGAAGAUGCCGUGGGGGCGGAACGAUCAGUGAGCCGCAUGACAUUACGACAACUCCUCCUCACUGGAAUUGAGGACUCAGUGGAGUUCAACAAAUACUUUACGCACUAUCGCGUUAACCCGGAUGGCACUGUAACAGCAUUCUUCAAGGAUGGCACAAGCGCCGUUGGUAAUCUGCUGGUAGGCGCAGAUGGGUCCAACUCCCCGGUUCGUCGGCAGUAUCUGCCGCACGCUGUACUGAAGAAUUCAGGGAUCUACGGGGCUGCCAUGAAGGUCCCGCUUACCGAAGAAACAAGACAAUUACUGAUGCCUCAAGUUCUCAGAGGGGUGACUAUGGUUAAUGCUCCUCAUGGAGACAACUGCAUUAUCCACGUCAUGGAGUUUCCUUGGGACCAUCAAGGCCAUCUGAAGCAUAAUAAGAAUAUCGGAGGAAACGACGAGGAGUUAAUCAAAUCGUGGCCGGGCAUGAAAUUCGACAACACCAGGGAUUAUAUCCUUCUCGGUUGGAGCGCACACAGCCAACGAUUGCCGGACGAUUUUAUGUCCUUAGAUGGUCCGAGUAUCUAUGCUCUCGUACGCGAGCGCACCGCCUUGUGGCACCCAAAUUUUCAAAAACUCAUUAAGAUAGCUGAUCCGACUACCUGUUUUCCAAUUAAUAUUCGCACGAGCGAGCGCAUUCCACCGUGGACGAGCAGCAAUAUAACUCUCAUUGGCGAUGCCGUUCAUACAAUGACACCUGGUUUGGGUGUAGGCGCGAAUACGGCAUUGCUUGAUGCGCAGAUCUUGGCUGGGAAUCUUAUCUCCGCAGCAGAGAAAGAUCUCGAUAUUGUCUCGGCUGUUGCUGACUAUGAGGAACGGAUGCAUUCGUAUGCAUGGAAACGGGUGGAGAAGUCGCUGGAACGGUUCGAUGCCGAUAGCGAUAUUUAUAAACCGGGAUGGAGAGGGUGGUUCGCGAUGACCUUGAUGCGCAAUGGCCUGCGGAUAGUAAAUUGGAUGCCGCCUCUGAAACGUAGAAUGGCUGCUGCGAUUACUGCAGAGAGAGGAGAGCGGGAUGAAAGAAAGGAUAAGAGAUGA